AUGUCCACAGAAACAGAAAGCUUCUCAAACUCGAACUGGGCUAUGUUGGAAUCAAUCCGCCAACAUCUUCUAGCCGACGAUUUUGAAUUUGAUAUCCCGUCUCCAUUUUUCGCAGACUCUCCUGCUCAAAGUACUUCAAGCUCUAGCAGCGUUGAAGUAUCGAGCAACGACUCGGAGAUCAUGGAGGAGCCGAACCAAAUGUUCACGAGUAAACUCGAGGUGGAGGUGGUGGAGAGUGAACACAACGCGCCGACGUCGGGGCAGAGGAAUUUUAGGGGAGUGAGGAGGCGGCCGUGGGGAAAGUACUCGGCGGAGAUAAGAGACCCGAAAAAGAAGGGGAUGAGAGUGUGGCUGGGAACCUACGAGAGGGCGGAGGACGCAGGCUUGGCAUACGACCGAGCAGCUUUCAAAAUGCGUGGCUCCAAAGCGAAGCUUAACUUUCCUCACUUGAUCGGCACGCAUGAUAUGGAGGUGGGUCGUGUCCUUCCAAAGCGUGCUUCGCCGGAGCCGUCGUCUCCGUCGUCUGAAGAUGGCUCGCCGAAGCCUAAGAGGAGGAGGAGGAGUGGAGUGGACUCGGCAGCAACGAAAGACAAGUUGGAUGAAGCUGCUAAAGAGUUUCAUCAUGUGUUCCAAGUGGACUCGAUCACAUUUGGCGACGAAGACAUGGUGCUCUUGUCGCCGUCUGAAUGCUCAGACAUUCUUUCCUUUUUAUAG